AUGCAAGAGCUCGGCCCGUUCCGCGUGAACCCCGACGGCAAGACCCUGAGCAGAAACAGGCACGCCUGGAACAAUGUGGCAAAUGUGAUCUUCCUGGAGUCGCCGGCGGGCGUGGGAUUCUCGUACUCGAACACGUCGUCGGAGAACCACGAGAGCGGCGACACGAGGACCGCGGUGGACGCCUACAACUUCCUGCUCAACUGGCUGGAGAGGUUCCCGGAGUACAAGGGCCGAGACUUCUACAUCGCCGGCGAGAGCUACAGCGGCCACUACGUCCCCCAGCUCGCCACCGUUAUCGUCGCCCUCCGCAAACUCGGCGCCACAAGCAUGAACCUCAAGGGGAUCUUCGUUGGCAACCCGUACCUUGAUGACUACAAGAACACGAGGGGACGGUACGAGUUCUUGUGGAACCACGGCGUGAUCUCCGACGAGGUGUGGGGCAACAUCAGCGAGCACUGCAGCUUCGGUCGGUUGGAGGGCAAAGCGUGCGGCCAGGCCAAGGCCAAGGCGUCCGUCAGAACCGGCAACAUUGAUCGUUACAACAUCUACGCUCCCGUCUGCAUCAGGUCGCGAGACGGGAGCAUCCACUCCAGUAGCUACUUAGCAGGCUAUGAUCCGUGCAUCGGGCACUAUGUCGACGCCUACUUCAACAAUCCUGAGGUGCAGAAGGCCAUGCAUGCUCGAACCAACACUGACUGGUCAGAGUGCGCUAACGUAAAUUGGAGCGAUGCCCCAAUUUCCAUGGUGCCAACCAUUGAUUGGCUUGUCAACAACGGAUUAAGAAUCUGGCUGUACAGCGGUGACAUGGAUGAUGUCUGCCCGAUUACGGCGACGAGGUACUCCGUCAAGGAUCUCAAUCUGACGGUCACAAACCCGUGGCGUCCAUGGUACACCCCAGACAGCGAGGUUGGAGGCUACGCUCAGCAAUACAAGGGAGGAUUCACAUUUGCGUCAGUGAGAGGAGCUGGCCAUAUGGUUCCUAGCUUCCAGCCUAAAAGAUCGCUUGUUCUUUUCUACUCCUUCCUCAAAGGCGUUCUGCCACCUGCGGUCCCGGAAUUGAACGCCUGA